ACGGAGUAAUAGCCACAGAUUGCUAGCUCGCUAGCUAGCUAACGUUACUGCUGUUCACUUUGAAGUUCAAUAUGUUUUAUCGUAAAUGUUACGGUAUGUAGGAUUUCAUGGAUGGACUUGAUCAUUUCAUCUUUCAGAGUUAAAGGUUGGUCGCUUGUCAGAUAUCGAAACAAACCGUGAUAUGAUCCCCGAAAGGACGUAUAGAGAGCGCCGCGAUUGCCGAAAGCCGAUGAAGUCUGCUCAAAGAUCAUGCUGCGAAAUCCGAACCGUUUCAGACCCACUCAGCGCCUCGUGCUAAAGGAUAAAUGCCCUUGCGUGAAGUGAUUCGAACGACGAAGAGGAUUCCAUGUCUUUCUUGGACUGCUCCUGUAUCUCCCAAACCCAAGUCCAGCCCAUCAGCAUAGAGGAUCAAUAUGAGGACGUCAGCCACCAGUACUUGAGCAGUGAUGUUCCAGCGAGCGCUCUACCCAAGGCUGCGGCCAGAGAUGACAUCACAGACCUCUCAACGGAUCCCUCUCACUACCGGCUGCUGUCUGAGCUGGGGCGGGGCUUCAAUAACCUGAGCCAGGUGUGCAUGGCGCGGCACGCGCCCUCCGGCCGGCUGGUGGCGGUCAAGAGCACCAACCUGGACCAGUGCACCGAGGACGAGCUGCUGCAGCUGCUGAAUGAGGUGCUGCUGUCUAGACUAUUCCGCCACUCAAACCUGCUGACGUCCCGCCUGGUCUUCAGCUCCUGCUGCCAGCUCUGGGUCCUCACGCCCCUCAUGAGCUACGGCUCAGCGGAUUCUCUGCUCAGGACGUACUUCCCGGACGGGAUGAGUGAGUCCCUGGUUGCUUACCUGCUGCACGGCGUCCUGAAGGCUCUGGAGUACCUGCAUCAGAUGGGUUACGUGCACAGGGGCGUGAAAGCCAGCCACAUCCUCCUGUCUGGGGAGGGUCAGGUGUACCUCUCCGGGCUCCACAGUGUCUACAGCAUGGUGCGGGACGGCAAGAGGGUGCGGGCCGUGUUCGAUAUGCCCCAACACAGCCCAACGCUGCUGCCCUGGCUCAGCCCGGAGCUGCUCCGACAGGACCUGCACGGAUACGGGGUGAAGUCAGACAUUUACAGCCUGGGGAUCGUCGCCUGUGAGCUGGUCAGUGGCAGGGUGCCCUUCCAGAACAUGCAUCCCACUCAGAUGCUGCUACAGAAGCUGCGGGGCUCUCACUGCUGCCUGCUCGACGUGGCGCCCUUCCCCCUGGGGGAGCUGGGGGGGCUGAAGGUGUCCCGCUCCGGCGUGGACUCGGGCAUCGGCGAGAGCGUGGCCACGGGCAGCCUGACGCGCACCGCCACCACAGAGCGCCCGCAGAGCCCCGCCCCAAAGAACCACUCCGCCACCCUGCAUAACCUGGUGCAGCUGUGUCUGCAGCAGCAGCCCGAGCGCAGGCCUUCUGCCUCAGUGCUGUUGACUCAUGCCUUCUUCAGACAGGUAAAGAGACACACCAGGGACUCCUUCCUCAGCCUCAUGUAUCCCGCCGUGCCCUUCUCCAGCCCCACGGACACGCCCAUUUCCUGCCCACCCGCACCGUCUUGCCAUAAUCCCGCCUCCACUGUGGACUCUCAGGAUAGCAUGUGGGACUUCUCCUAGCAACCCAACCUCCACCUCACGCCACCACCUCAGCGAACCAGUUCUACUUCAAGACAAUCGCACAGGAAGUCCAAACCUUAUGUGAUAUAUCGUGGGUUUUUUUUUUUUUCCACUUUUAUGGUUUGAGGUUUUGAAUCCUUACGGUUAAGCGUAGAUCUGCCCACAGCGGUUGAGUGAAUCGGGAGCGGAGGACUUAAGUCUUGGAAGGUACUUAAGCCUGCGUACAGCUCCUUUUGUCAGCGAUGAGCCCUCAAUAAUCCACUGCCUGCAUAUGCCAAUCAAGGGCCUCACCAGCCAAUCACAUAAUUCAUGCCCUUGACAGUGGGCAGAGGGCGGCUACAGGACACUAUAUGUGAAAAAUAUGUGAAGCCAUUCGAUCAUGCUGAGAGAUGCAUGGCGGCCAAGCCUGUGAGCUCACACUUAAGGUCUUGGCUCUUUCUGCUCUGUCUCCCAACGUCCAAAUGAACAUUUUUUGUGUGCGUGUGUGUGUUUUUUUUUUUUUUUUUUUUGUCUGCAUUUCAUUUAGCAUGUCUCAGAACAAAACCAAAACAACAGUACUGACCUUUGUGACCAACCCACCCUGCAAAUCCCUCUGAAAAUGUGCAUUUGAUCAACGGGGAAGACUAAGAAUACUACACUUUACUGAAACCUUUGUACUGUCAAAGAAGUUGCAGCUUUUUCUGUGAAACCAACACCUUGUGUAU